AUGGAGGUACCCACUCCUACAAAAUUUGAAGACUCUAUGAUUUUGCACGUGGCAUAUAAUAAUCGCGAAAUGUGCCAGGAUGAAUACAGGUGGGAAUUCUACAAGCGCGAAAUGGGCUAUGGUAAUUUGGCUGGGCAGGCUCCACCGGCAACUGGAUUCAACACGAUUGGAGGUACUAGCUUUGGGACCACGGCAACAAAUUCACCAUUUGGUCAGUUCGGUGCGAUUCAGCCACAAUCAGCACAAGCAGGCGGUGGUUUAAUUGGCUCCUGUACAACUGGCAUCGGGGGUGGGUUGUUUGGAUCUAGCACUAAUGCUCAAUCUACAGGAGGUGGAGGGUUAUUUGGGUCUAAUAACAGUGGAGCCGGUACAGGUACAGGUGGUGGUGGAUUAUUUGGGUCAAACAGUACAAUUCAGCCUGCAGGUGGCAACAUGUUUGGGCAGACAUCCCAAAAUACGUUCUCCUUUGGCAAUUACCAACCACAGCAACAGCAAGUAGCCACCUCAGCACAAUACACAAACAACAUAUUUAACAACCUACCCAAUCCACAAGCAAUACAUAUAGACAAAAAUCACGCACUCGGGGUUCUUAUUGAUUCAGUUGACUUUGAUUCGAUAGGCGCAGGAAUGGCCCAAUUCUGGACCAACACCAAGACAGAGUUGUCCGUCAACGAACAAAUUGCAAACGAGCCUAGUAUGGUUGUGCCUACGUUCACCUCAGCUAAUACAUCAUCGCCAUAUUUGGGCAACUUACCGGACUUUGAAAAUAGGUUUGACCCUUACAAUUUGGAGCCUAUAUUAAAACAGAUUGGUAAACCCAAUAAGAUCUACCACCUAAUGAACAUAAAUGAGAUGAAACCGACAUUUAACAUUGACUAUUCCACAGUCCAUGGGCAGGAAUUCAGCUCAAUGUUUCAUAUUGGUGAAUCCAAAUAUGUUCCAGGCAAGCAGAUACAAAGCAAGUCACAGAAUUCGUUAAAUAACGUUUUAAAAAAAUUUUGGGACAAAUCAUUAGGCACUAACAUUGAAGAUUUGCAAAAUAUGAAUACACACGAACUAUCAUCAGGUGCACUGUUGUUCACAAAGCAAUCAAAUCGCAAUCCAUUUAAGACGAGUAUAUUUGCGCCGUUGGAAAUCAAUAGUGAUUCAUGUCGAGAUUUUGACCAGAAAGUCGAUGUUUCUCAGGGGAGAGUGCAGCAAUUUUCAUUGGAAUGCACGAGUGGUAUUCAAACUCUCACUGAUAAGUUGUUAUCACAACUUAACACCUUAAAGGCCACAGAAAUUGAGCAGUUAAAACUCACCUCGCCCAAUAAGAGCUCGAAGUUAUGUGCCCCAAAACUGACCAAGGCUUAUUACUAUACAACGCCUAGCAUUGAAAGUCUGUCAAUGAUGACUGAAGAGCAACUGGCCGCGGUGUGCGAUCUCACCAUUAGGCACGAAAAGUUUGGUGAAGUGCUUUGGCCCGGGUUUACAGACGUUAGGGAGAUGGACUUUGAUAAAGUGGUCAAUUUUUCAUAUAAGAGUUUUUCACUAUACCAAGAUAUGACUACUUGUAUCCCUCCAGCUGGUCACGGAUUAAAUAAGACGGCAAUUAUAACCUUGUACAAAUGCGUACCUACUGGGAAUUUUACGGAGGAGAAGAAUAGAGAGAUUGUAAAAAAUAUGGAAGCAUAUACCAAGUCGAUUAAUUGUGAAUUUAUAUCUGCAAGUACUGAGACAGGCAAUUGGAAGUUUAAAUCGAUCGCGGAUAAGCAUAGCGGAACUCAGUGUGAUGCAACAGUUUAUAGUGCUCACUUAUGUAAAUUCGUAUGUUGA